GGUCUCAGGGUAACACUUCCGCCAACUUUCCUUAGUAACCCCACAUGGAAACCAUUCUUCCUGUGUUUUGAGUUUCGGCGGCGAUUGCGGCGGCAAGUGGCCAAUCGAAGCGCAAGUUGCUAUUUUCUGAAUACUUUAGCCGAGUUUGUGGCACAAACUAUACACGCAAUCAUGAAGAUUGAGGAGGUGAAGAGUACCACGAAGACUCAACGGAUCGCCUCUCACAGUCACGUCAAAGGACUCGGCUUAGAUGAGGCCGGUAACGCUAAACAGACAGCAUGUGGUUUGGUGGGACAGGAAGCUGCCAGGGAGGCAUGUGGCAUCAUCGUUGAGCUGAUCCGCUCCAAGAAGAUGGCAGGAAGGGCGGUUUUACUGGCAGGACCGCCAGGCACCGGAAAGACGGCGCUGGCGUUAGCCAUAGCACAGGAGCUGGGCAACAAGGUGCCUUUCUGCCCCAUGGUGGGCAGUGAGGUCUACUCGUCGGAGAUCAAAAAGACAGAAGUACUGAUGGAGAAUUUCAGAAGAGCCAUCGGGCUGCGUAUCAAAGAGACCAAGGAGGUCUACGAGGGCGAGGUGACGGAGCUGACCCCCUGUGAGACGGAGAACCCCAUGGGGGGCUACGGCAAGACCAUCAGCCACGUCAUCAUCGGUCUGAAGACGGGCAAGGGCACCAAGCAGCUCAAGUUGGACCCCAGCAUCUACGAGAGUCUCCAGAAGGAGCGCGUGGAGGUGGGCGACGUCAUCUACAUCGAAGCCAACAGCGGCGCCGUCAAGAGGCAAGGCCGCUGCGACACGUUCGCCACGGAGUUUGACCUGGAGGCUGAGGAGUACGUGCCGCUGCCCAAAGGUGACGUCCACAAGAAGAAGGAGAUCGUCCAGGAUGUCACGCUGCACGACCUGGACGUGGCAAACGCCCGACCACAGGGAGGCCAGGACAUCCUGUCCAUGAUGGGCCAGCUGAUGAAGCCCAAAAAGACGGAAAUCACAGACAAGCUUCGGGCGGAGAUCAACAAGGUGGUGAACCGCUACAUCGACCAGGGCGUGGCUGAGCUGGUGCCGGGUGUGCUGUUUGUGGACGAGGUCCACAUGUUGGACAUCGAGUGCUUCACCUACCUCCAUCGAGCCCUGGAGAGCACCAUCGCCCCCAUCGUGGUGUUCGCGUCCAACCGGGGGAACUGUCUCAUCAGAGGCACGGAGGACAUCAGCUCUCCGCACGGCAUUCCACUGGACCUGCUGGACCGCGUCAUGAUCAUCCGCACCAUGCUGUACACGCCCCAGGAGAUGAAGCAGAUCAUCAAGAUCCGCGCUCAAACCGAGGGGCUUGGCAUCAGCGAGGAAGCGCUCACCCACCUGGCGGAGAUCGGCGCCAAGACCACCCUCAGGUAUGCCGUCCAGCUGCUGACCCCGGCCAGCCUGCUGGGUCGUGUUCAGGGCAAAGAGACGGUGGAGCGAGAGCAGGUCGAGGAGAUCAACGAGCUCUUCUAUGACGCCAAGUCCUCCGCUAAAAUCCUCCAAGAUCAGCAUCACAAAUUUAUGAAAUGAAAACGUGACAGAGGGCUCAGCUGAUGCCAAGUCUGUUUGCUUGUUCUUUGGAUUUUUUUUCUAUUGUUAUAGCUGUAUCUUCAUCACGAGCCAUCUUCUAGAUGGAUGGAGAUGAAGAUUAACAAGCAUUGGACUACUUGUGCUUUUACUGACUAAAAUGUUUUUUUUUCCUCCCAAGACUGUGGUUUAAUACAUUUAUUAACUUCACUUCAAUUAACUCCAGUUCAUAUUAAUGUGAUGUUUUCAUCGUUAGUGCACAGACAACCUGGGGGGUUAGCAUUAUUAGCUCCCUGUAGACGUGAUAUAACACCCCAAUGGUCACGUUAACAUCCCAUUAUCCAUUGCUUACGUCACACCGAGCACGUGCUACGGGAUCACUGCAGGGAUAUCAAAGAUGUAGCAUAGGAUCUAGCGAGCUAGCUAACUAGUUUACCUAGCCAAUUUAGUCAAGACAAACUUUACAAUUACAAUUACAAUUACUUACAAUUUUCCGAUGGAGGAACGACGACAUAUGAGAAAAAGGCAUGAGAAGAGGAAUUAAAAGAUGUUCUUAUCCUUCGAUGUGAGCCACGGUGUCCUCUCUGCUAGCUUAGUAGCCAGGCUCCAUGCACUGUGGAAGCUAAUGCUAACUAACGCUAUCUCAUAGCAAUACUUGAUAUAACUUGUAUUUCUAUAUCUCUGGACUAAUAAAAC